AUGGCCGAAAGACUGCUGAAUGAUUAUACUUUGGAAGAAAUCUUGUUGCAGUUGCCACUUAAAUACUUGAUGCAAUUCAAGUGUGUUUGCAAAUCAUGGUACAACUUGAUUGCGAACCCUUCCUUCGUCGCCGAUUACUAUUCGAGGAAAAGGGACGAGACGUGUUUCUUUAUGAGCCGUCUCGACAGAGAAACCGGGAAGCCAAUGAUGUCACUGGUAGCCAUGGAUGAAUGUGUACCGAAUUUUGUCGUACAACUUGUAGAUCUUGAAGUUCCGCCAGUGUUCAACAAGUUCACAUCGGAUAGUAUUUUUCGACAUUAUUUUGGUCUUCUUCAUGGAAUUGUCUGUUAUGCAUCUGGUAGUGAUAUUGCUCUAUGGAAUCCUUGCAACAAAGAAUGCAAGACUCUCCCGCCAUCUCUCAUUCCCCGUCUACAAGAGGAUUUCCAUGUGUUUUCUCCUCGUCGUAUUGGGUUUGGCUUCGAUUUUAGCAAGAACUUCAAGAUACUUCAAGUCUUCACGAUCCAGCAUAAGCAAGAAAUCGUUAACCACUUCGAAAUAUACAACCUAAGUACUAAUACUUGGAGAGUCUUGGAAGUCGACAAUGUUUUAGCCCAUUGUUUCUUGAGUUCAGAGGAAUUCACAAGCAACAAAAAUGGAUCAACUUUCUAUUGCCGGGGAAGUAUAGAACAUGAUAAUGAUGCUAUCGUAUCGUUUAAUUUUUGCGAUGAAGGUUUUAAAAUCACAAGGCGGCCACCAUAUAUAAGUUAUGUUGAUUAUGAUACGAUAUCUAGUUAUAUUUUACCGGUCAAAGAGUCCGUAAUCCUCAUUUAUUAUACUUACGAUAUCAUAUUUGAAGCGUGGUUGCUCAAUCGAAAGGGUAGUUGGACUUAUUUAUUUCCUUUCGGAUGUGUGGUAGGAGCCCCAAAGCCCUUAUGUUUGAGGGAAAGCACUGAACUUGUCUGUCAAGAUCUCGAGAGUGGCCAUUUGUUAUAUAUUCGCUCUCGCUGUGGUGAAAGGAGGGAUUUUGGUUUCCAUUCGAAAAGAGACUCCAUGUUUGUUGCUGAGUACAAACGAAGCCUAUUUACAAUUAGACUAAACAGGUAA